AUGCCUUUCACCGCAGACUCUGAGCUGGACCUCCUUUUCCCCGCCGCGCACAUUUCAGACGAGGCCCGGAAGCAGCUGCACCCUGAUCUCCAUCUUCGCCCGCUGGCAUCCACCGACUACCGACGCGGCCACCUCUCGGUGCUCUCAGUGCUCACCGUCGUGACGGACCCGGGCGAGGACGCUUGGGUCGCGCAGUUCCACGCGCUGCGCGCCGCCCCGCGCACAUACUACUCCAUCGUCAUCGUCGACAAGGCGUCCGACCGCAUCGUCGCCGUCGGCACCCUCUUCGUCGAGCGCAAGUUCCUCCGCGGCCUCGGCAGCGUCGGCCACAUUGAGGACAUCGCCGUCGACAAGUCCCAGCAGGGCAAGAAGCUCGGCCUGCGCAUCAUCCAGGCGCUGACGGGCAUCAGCGAGAACAGCGGGUGCUACAAGACGAUCCUCAACUGCAGCGAUAGCAAUAUUCCCUUCUACCAGAAGUGUGGGUUCGAGAAGAAGGAGAAUGAGAUGGCCAAGUACGCACCUGAGCGGUCACGGACUCCAAGGCUGUGA